UUAUUCUUGGGAUGCAAAAUGGUUGACGCAGGAAGCUUUAGGGUGUUACAAAGUACUGACUACUUGUGGUCUUUAUCGUAAAUACAAAAUUAACAAGAGUAUUCUGAAAUUCUUGAGGAUAUUGGAAUCUUGUGCUGUUGAUCGAUCCAAGAACAUACUGCGAUCAAUAAUUAAUCCGUUUAUAAGAAUAAACAAGUGAACAACACGUGAAGAUAUCAACAGAUCGUCAACUGUUUUGACCAUCGGAAUAAUUGUAGAAUGAGGUUCCAAGUAUAUAUUUGUUUAAUCGUGUGAUGGAUUUUUUCUUUGCUAUAUAAAUACAAAGUGAAAUCUGUCUUUUAUUAUUUUGUGUAUCUUCAAAACAGGUUCCGGUGCAUCCGAACGGUUCGUGAAUCUGUCAACAAGCAACUCCUUGAACAAAAUGCCGUUACAUGUGCUACAUGGCAUUUUAUUCUGACUAUUUUAAAGGAGAUGGAGAUAUACUUGAAGAAAUGGAAUUUAAAUAUUUAUUAAUGAGAAAUGGGAAAGAAAAUUCAAUGCAUCGGCCGCUAUGUCAUGGACGGCAAAACACUUGGCAAAGGCACUUUUGGCAAGGUGGAACUAGCCACACAUGGCGUGACAGGUUGUAAGGUGGCUAUAAAAAUAAUAGAUACAAGGAAAAUCAAAGAGGAAUAUGUACAGCAAAAUCUACAUCGAGAAGCUAGAAUACUGGGACAACUUCGUCACCCUAAUAUAAUAAGGUUAUAUGAAACUCUAAAGGCUACUACUUUGUAUUGUUUAGUGUUAGAAUGUGCAGCAGGGGGAGAUCUUUUGGCUUAUAUCAAAACUCAUAAAGAAAACUGUUUACCAGAGGAGAAAGUCAGAGUAUACAUGAGACAACUAAUUUCAGCAGUUCAUUAUUUACAUGAAAGGGGUGUGGCACACAGGGAUCUGAAGAUGGAAAACAUCAUGUUAGAUGAGAAGAAAAGAAACAUCAAACUUGUUGAUUUUGGCCUGAGUAACACCUUUACUAGAGAUGAGCUGAUGAAGACCCAUUGUGGAUCCUUAGAAUAUGCAGCUCCAGAACUCUUUGAGAUGAGUGAGAAAUAUGGACCUGAAAUUGAUAUCUGGGCUCUUGGUGUUAUCAUGUAUGCCAUGCUGGUUGGUAAACUGCCUUUCACAACAGCCUACACAGACCAGUAUAGACGCCAGAAGUUAUUCCAACAAAUAGAGCGAGGCCUGGUAGAAAUUCAUGAAAGAGAAAUGAUCCACCUGACAAAAGAUUGUAAAAAUUUGCUCAAAAAGUUGUUAGAACCCUCUAGUGAUCUUCGUCUUCCAUUACUGGAUGUAGAGAUUCAUCCAUGGGUGACACAGGGAGUUAAGUCGUCUUUCCAUACCUUCCACAAAUAUCCUAAAGAUAAAACCAUGAAAUCACAGGAUUCACUUCUGUACGAUUCACUAGAAAAUGAGGUGAUAGAAGAGUUAUCUUCCUUGCUACAGAUGAAAAAGGAGGAGGUUGAGACAACAGUUCAUGAGAGUAAAUGUGAUCAAAUAUCAGCCAUGUUUAAUAUGAUGAUGGAUUGUAAGAGAGAAGAAAAAGGUAUUUUUGAUAUUGAUUAUACUGUGUAUCAAAUGCCACCACCAGAGAAAAAAACCAAACGGAAGAAAAAACAUCAUUCACAUUCAAAAUCGGAUAAAGAUGUGCAAAAAGAAUCAGAAGUUCAUGGAGAUGAAGGGCAUGAUGAGGAACAUAAGAAACCUGAAGGUGAACAACACAGAGUCAGCACUGCGUUUGAUUUUAUGGCUAUUUGUAGUGCACCAACAUGGCUUGGGCAGGAAAGACGUAGAUCCAGGAGAAGAAAGUCCUAUUUUCCUCAGCCUUCACCACUAGCUAUGAAUAACCCAGAUGCUUCAUCAGAAGACGUGGCAGGAAAUGCCGUAGGAGGAGAUAACCCCAAUCUGCUGUCCAUUCAUCCUGGUUGUGUUACGCCAGGGAGUGCCCAACCCUUCAACAGAAGGUCAUUGAGGUCAUCUCGUAGGCGCAAAAGGCCAAGUUCCUGUGGUCCUUCAAACAGAAGAUCAUUACGUGAUAAACUGCCUCAUCACAAAGGGUCUAGUAACUCUCAGCCAAGCAGUCCAACGACUUUGAUUAGUCCCAUUAUCACUGUAGAUCCACCCAAUCACAGCGGAGUAGCUCGUCCAGAUAAACUUGAUGUGCCUGACUGUUAUGGGUCAGUGACAUUACAAGUACCAGAACGAACUGUGUCCUUUUCUCAAAUGAAUGAUUCAACGUCAAAUUUAAGUCAGUAUUCUGAUAGCUCAAAUCCUGGGUCAGCCGUUAGUUUCUAUUCACCAAAUUCCAACGAUACAUCUGCCUCACACUCAGCUCAUGGUUUAAAGCCAGACUGGGCAAGGGAUGGGGCUUAUGAUACGGAUAGUCUAGAUUCUAAAAUAUUACCUGAAAUUUCAAUACCUCUUAAGAGGCCUUUAAGAAGACUAGUGAAUCAAGAUUCAGUUGAAGCAAGGAUUGCCUCGGCUGAUAUCAAAAGUAUUGUAAGACCCAAACAAUUGUCAGCAAUGCAAAACCAAUCACAGCUAAAGCAGAAAAACCAUACUCUUCUUCCUUGUCAGGAAAUAAUACAAAAAGAUGACAGUUCAGGGAUACAACUUCAUGCAAGACCACAUGUGAAUGACAGUUUAAUCUUGCCUGGCAUUGAUAAUGUAGAUAAAAUAGCUGUCAAAAUUGAAACUAGUCAAAAUGAUCAUUUACGAUUGCCACACAAAGAUAGUGUGGAUAGUGACGAGAAUUCGGGUAAUCAUUUAUUGGGUUUGGCAACAGGAGGUGAUUCUUUAGAUGUAGCAAAAACAACUAUGCAAUGUGUGAUGUGUAACAAAAAUAGUGUGGAUUAUAAUUCAGAUUCUACUCCUGAGCAAACUGAAGAAAGUGCCGAUGAAUUAGAUCAUAGCAUUAAGUUAAUUGAAAAUUCUGUCAAACAGAUUGUGUUGAAUGAUAAACGGGAUGCAAAAACUGAGCCUGUUGUUGUGAAUGUAAAUGGUAAAAUAACUUUGGAGGAAUUUUGUGAUAAAAGUAGUUCAAAACACAACUCUGUGGAAGAUAAUUCAAUGUCUGCGUCAGUGAAAUCACAACUUGAAGAUAUAUGCAAGCCAUAUGUUGUGGAUUUAGGAGUACCAUGUUCUACGAAUAAUUCACCGAAAUAUAUUGAAACGAACAUUGAUGCUCCUAAUGAUGAGAUUGUUUCAAUACCUCCUUCAAAUUGCAGGAAGAGUUCUGGUAACUCUUUGCCGUCUUUCGUUAUGCCCAAUACUCCUACAAGACAGAAAUUCACUUCCCCUAUUGCAAGAAUUGAUAGUUUUCAUAGUGAAGAUUUCGAUAAUGUUGACGAUAUGAAAAUGAAAUGUCAAUCAAAUUCAACAACUCCUGGUUCUGUAAAUACUCCCACUUUUCCUUGUUUUGCCUAUAAACUUCAGCUACAUAAAAAGAAGAAUGGCAAAUUAAAGUCAUCUAAACAGAAAGAAGAGAAUCAGAUAAAUGUCAAUGAUGAAAAGAAUGACAGAUGUUCCAGGAAUGACAUUGAGCCAACCUGUUCAGAUCCAUUGUUAGUUGGAUCUGGUAGUGAUAAAAGUAAUUCUGAUGAAAACUCUGACAAACCUCUUCAUAGUAGUAAAGCCAAAAUUCAUCCUAUGGACAAAGAUGACAAGGACUCCACAAAAAGCUGCAAAUCUUUAAACAAAUCUAAAUGUACAGUUGAUUCUGACCCUAUCUGUAAUGAUAUACAGGUGAAAAAACAACAGAAUUUAAUAGGAAAACCAUGCAACUCUCAACCUUCAGAUAAUAAGAAAACUUGUGUGAAAUAUUCUCCAUGGAAACAUGGAUUUGUACAGUUUUUGAAGAAGAAAAAACAAGGACAAAGACAAGGAAGCCGGAAUAACAAUGACUCUUUUCGCUCUAACAAUCAUACUCUCUUAAAAUCUAACGUAUCUAAUCAUAAUGGUCAUGCUCGCUGUUCUUACAAAGCUCUACCUAACUCUGAUGACAAUGGUUUAGAAGCCGAGACUCAGUUCCAGACUAAAUCACUAGCUGUUCGUCCAGAUACUUUAGAAAUCAGAUCAUCCCCUGUCCCUGGUCUAGCUCCAGCACAGCCAGCAACAAAAAUGUUUGAUUUUACUGUGUUAUCUACAGAAUCACCACAAGCAAACUCGUGCCUUCUUAGUUGGAAAGGAUGUCGUGACUGUACUGUAGGACAUGUACCGUCAGACGAGGAGGACAGUGAAUGUACUUUUCGUUUUGAACAGAGUGUUGAUGUAGCUAUUAAGACAAACAUGACAAUACAGAAUGUGCAGGAUGCAAAGACUUACACAGCUUACAAAUGUUCUCAUUCAUGACAGCACUUCUAUAGUAUCAGGAUGUACAUUAGGAAUAUCUCCUCUGUAUGUGAUUAUCUCCCUUUGGAACAAAAUAGGCUGUGCUGUAUCAUUGUCAUCUUCUAAUCAAACAUAUUUUUUCAGACAUUUUCUCUAUUUAGAACCCUGAUUGUUAGAUUGAACUUCAUAUUUUUUGCCUUGUUAAAUUGGUAAUGAUUAUAAAUGUGUAUUCUUCAUUAUCUAUACUUUUACAUUGUUUAUCUCCUAAAGUAUCAAACAUGAAAAUACUGUUGUUAUAAGCGGUUACUUACUAAUAGUUCAUUUUUUAAUGUUUAAAAUUUUCUUGUAUUGAGAAAAAAAAAAUAUCUUGUGAUUACUUGAUCUCAUGGCUUUGAAUUAUUUUUGCAUUGAAGCCUGAAAGAAAUUUGAUAUUUUGUGAAAUACUUUAAUAAAUUUUUCACCUGUACCAUUAAAAAUUAUCCAAGAUACUAAAAGAUAAUCAUUAGUAAAUACUUAUGAUUAAUGUCUUCAGUUUACUUUUAUGAAAAGUAACCCCUUCUGCUGUCUUGUAAGAUGAACUUUAAUCAAUAUUAUUGAAAAAAUGAAAAACCUAUUUUGCACUGUACUUUUUCAUAAAUUGAAUGUUAUAUUAAAAUAGUAUGUAGAAAUAAUCAGUAUUUUUAGAAAAAAAAUUAUAUCCGUCCAACCAAAACAUUUCUGCUCAUUUGACCAAACUUUACUAAUUUGACUACUAAUUGAAUUCAUUUUCAAAAACAAACAGUUAACUAUCUAAUUAGAUUUAAAAAUAGAAUCUUGUUCUAAAAUAACUUUCAAUAAAAUUUGAUCAUAGUGGUUUAUGAAAAAAAUAAUUUUUACAAUCCAAUCCUGUUUAAAUGCAUGACGAAUUAGGGAAUUGGUUAAAUUUCUUUGAUUUUAAUUUCUUCAAAAUUUGUACUUAAUGAAUGUAACUGCUUUUUCUGAUUGCAACUAAUUUGUAAUAAAUGAAUAUGUAUAGGUUCUUUUACUAUAUUUUCUUCAACUAUGACUCUUUUUUCAUACAGACAACUACAGAUAAUAAAUUGUUUUUUAUAAGAAAAAUUUGAAUAUUGAUGAAAAGUGAUAUAACACUUAAAGGAGUAAGUUCGGUAAGGGUCAUAUUUGGCCCCAAUUAUAAAGUUCAUAGUUACUAGACAAUACAUGUUUUAAGUUGCCUUAAAGACAUGUUAGAAAGUUAAACAGAACAGUUUUAUUCAAAGUUUAAUUCUAACACGUUGAUUUUUACAUCCAUAAAAGGUAAAAAUAAGGGAUUUUGGUGAAAUUUGACAAAAUCAGCUAGAUUUCAACCAAAUAAAGUACCAGGAAACAUAGAGCGCAGGGGUCGACAAACUUAAGAUUCAAAUAAGACAUGUGAAAUGUCUUUACAAACAUUAUUUUAAAAGAUCUUUGUUGUCGACGUAUGCGCUCUAUGUUUCCUGUCCAAUAAUCUAUGGAAAUUUACACAUUUUCAUUGAUUUUUUCAUGUAAAAUCAACACGAGUACAACUUGUGACGUCAUAAUGAAACGCAGAAACGUAAAAUGUUCAACAAAAUGGUUUAUAUCCUAGCUAGUCAAUGUAUUAGCUAUAAUUUAUCGUGAUAUUGGUCGAUAAAUCCGAGUUUGAAAUUUACGCUAAAAAGGGGGCCAUUUUAGGACCUUAUCGAACAUACUCCUUUGCAAAGGGAGCUAGAGAAGAGGCUUUAAAGGGAAACGAUUGCUGAGUUUUCUUCUUGUCAUAGUAUUGAGAUAUCAUUCUGUAAUUUUACUCUAAGCUUUUUAGUGAUUAUUUUUCAUCUUGGAUGUGUGAUAUUCUAAUUGUUUUAAGGUCAAGUAGAAGAUAAAUUCAGUACCAUCUCAGGUUUAUUUGCAUUUUCUCUUCAUUGUAUGAUGUAGAAAUCGUUUGCAUAAAUAUUACAGGGUUAAAUACCCCUUGUAUUAUAUUUCUUGAAAACAUGAAAUGGUCCAUUAUACAUAAGUUUCUGUAAAAGUGAACAUCACUGUAUAUACAUGGUUAUAUGAACAUGAAUGAAAAAGACAUCAUUUAAUGUGUUUCUUCAUUAAAUAUAUGCAUGGUAAACCAGAACUUGUAUGAUAUUUGUUUUGAUUUUUCUUUAUCACUUCUAUUGGAAUGCCAAAAAAUUGAAAUUUGUAGAAAACCAUCAGUUACCUCACUAGACCUUCUAAAUGGCACCUUACUUGACCUUAAGAACUUCUUUUUUUGUAUCUUUAAGAAAUUGAAGUCAUUUUAAUUCGCUAACAUUGGUAGAAACUAUGUUAUUUAAUAUAUUUUGUAGUAGACAUUAAUAUUUUUUCUUGCCAAGCUAGUUUUAAGUUUAUGCUUGCCUCAUGAUUACAACACCAGUAUGUUUGUCUUCCAUACAGAAGGGAACAAAGACACUGUGAAGAUUAUUAAAUACAAUUACAUUCCUUUAAAUCACACAAUAUAUCCUUCAAAGGAAACUUGUUAUUGAUAGCAAUUGAUAAAUAUGCAAAUGAUAUAAAUACCUGCAAAACGUUUUACAAUAAAUAUACAUUGACAAAUAUCACUCAUAGAUCAAUAGAAUUCAAUUUAACUUGGGUCUGGAAUUUAUCACAAGUUAUAUGAAUUAACAUGAAAAAUGAGUGAUUUUUGUUGCAAUAUUUUUUUUAUGCUAUUGUAGCCUGUCUCUUGUAAUUGUCUUAAAACAAAACAAUGUUUGGAGAUUGUUAUUUUUAAGCGCUUGUACUAUUGUCUGUCAUUUUGUAUAUAAGAUAGAUUUUUUCAAUGCUAAAAGUUCCAAAGAUAUCCGUUAUAGACUGUACUUUUCUUAUCCGCAGUUUUUGCCCUACCAAAGGGCUAAUAUGUAUGACUGUUUUCCUUGUUUUUUCUUCUUUCAUUGUUAAAUGGUGAAACAAACAGUUGAGGUUAGACGAACCAGUUUACAAUGCAAAACUGUAAUGAGUAGAAUAUUAGGCCAAAAAUAUGUUCAUUUGUAUUUUUAUUUGGUGCACUUUUAUAAUGUUGUUUUUUAAGAUUUGUAUGUGAAUAAGCACAGUUGUGAUAUUUUUGUCUUAACCAAUAUGCCGAUUAACCAAAAAAGUCCUACUGCAUCAUGGGUGUAUUUAUGUAAUUUUGAUAAAUUGUUGAGUUUUUGUAACAAUUUUAUGUUAUUGCCAUGGUCUUUGAAAACUAAGGGAAAUUAUUCUUCAUUAGUUAGUUACAUAAUCUUACCUAAACUUUGACCUUACUCAAAUGAAAAUAAUGACUUUCUGAACAAGUUUUCAUUUCUGUUUUCAACUCAGCUUCUUGGUUGAAGCUUCAAUAACAUCAAGCAUGACAUAUACUGUUAUUACAUACCUUCUAUACUCUUCAAAGGCAGGUUAUCUUAAAACCAAAACUAAUUGUAAACCAAUUCAGGAAUAUUGCAGUUGUACUCAAAUAGUCUGUUUCUAUGUAUGUUGGCCUUUGUUUUUGUAGCAGUUCAGUUUUUGUUGUUCUGUUGUUUUCUUUUUAUAGUCAAUGUGUUUCCCCCAGUUUUGUUUGGUGACUGGAACUUAUUUUCACCUAUUCAAUUUAUGACUUUUGAACAACAGUAUACUACUGUUACUUUUAUUUUGCAUAAGACAGAAACAUCUAAGCAAAAGUAUAACAGUCAUAGCAUGAUGGUACACCUAGUUAAGAAAGUUGUUUUAAAUUUGGUCACGAAAAAUGACUAUUACUGUCCAAAAUGUUUAUGAUAACACUUUAAAAACCUGGUUAAUGUUAAUCCUGACUAGAACAAAUAAAUCUCCAAAAUAAUUAUUCUAAAAGUGUGUUAUAAUAUCCUUUUCAUGUAAAAGAAAGUAUUAAAUGUAUUAACACAUGAAAUAAAACCAUUAAACCUACGUAAAAAAAAAUAAAAAUAGAAAAUGUUUGCAAGAUGCCCCUCAGUCUUCCUCUGUACAAACAAGCUACAGGGUAAUAUUAAAUUAUAAAUACUUCAGGUAAAGAAAUCUACCCAAUAUUAUCAAAAAUUGUCCAAAAACAGUCUCAAGCGAGUAACAUAUACAACCAUAAUGCAUUAGGACCUUUUUAUUUUUAUUUUAUUUUUGUUAUUGUUACUUAUUGCGGGUAUAGAAGAAAUAUAGAAUUAUUUGUUUUGUUUUAAGUGUUUUUUGACAUUUCACUAGUACUUUUCUUGAUGUUCAUUGUAUCACAACCAUUUUAUUCCUAGCAUUGCCCUAAACCAAGUAACUGAACCACAUUUCUAAUUAUGAGAUAUAUGUUUGUAUCCACUUCUUUAAAAGUCAAACAUCAGAAAUUAACAUGGUCCAAUAAUUGUCUUUAUAGAAGAAACAUAUUAUGAAGGAAGGUUUGAAACAUUCAAAACUUAAUGAUGUUUGCUUGUCAUCUUUUGGAAUUUUUGUUAGGUUUUCAAAAUCUUCUGGUUUUAUCCAUUUAAAUGCCUUAAAAAAAUUUGCCCAUGGACCCCUAUUUUUCUUUUUAUAAAUCUUUUACAUGUAUAAUUAUAAGCCAUUUGUAAAAGUCUUAUUAAAGCUUAUUUAUUUUUUGAGAACUUUAACUGGUGAAUGAUAAAGCUAUGAAAAAUUAAGAGAGAACAAGUUCUCUUAAAAAUUCCAAUGGCUCAUAUCUCGAAAACAAGCACAUUGACCUAUAUAUUUUUUUUUGCUCUUUUGAUUCCUUUAUUAAUCUUUUAUCAAUAUAAACAAGUGUUUUGAACAGUUGAUUAUUCUGAAACUGAGAAUCGAACUACCUUAAAGCUAUUGACACAUUUGAGACUUUCGUUGACAAGAAGCUGAUGGGACACCUGUUAUCUCCCUUUUUACUCCGUCUUGUUUGAAAUUUUGGAAAAUUAACUCAUUUUUAUUUAAGUUUCUCAAGUUGAAUAAUAAAACGCUAAAGAAGUUACCAAAAUUGGAAAUUUGGCUCACCACUUUAAUAAAUACUUCAAGAAAAUGAGAAAGUUUUGAAAUGUGUAAAUGCAAAAUAAAAAAUGUGGGAAAAUAAUUUUUACAUACUUUGAACAUGAAAACAGCAAAUAUUACACACUUGUUAAUCUUUCAAUUUUUUUCACACUUUUACACAUUGUUUUUCAAUUCUGAAUUAAUAAAGAUGGGUUAUUCAAAUUUUAGAUAUAAAGCUUGAAUGAGAGCCCCUUAUACUUUGAAUAUUAAGUACAGGGUAAUAUGUACAUAUAAAAGAUAUAAACAGAUCAUUUUGUACUUGAUAUUCAAAAUGAAAUUCUCUCUUAAAAAUUUUAAAUCAAGUAUUACCCAGACCUCAGAAUUUUGACUUUCAUGCAUCUGCAUAAACCUAUAUAUAUUAAUACUUAUGUGUAAGGAUGUGUUGUAUCAUAUCAUAUUAUAUAUAUAUAGACAUACCAGUGAUACUAGUUAAAGAACCAAAUAUGUAUUUACCAACUUUUUGGUCUAUUCUUUUAUCAUCAGUGUUCUUGUUAUGGCAAGUUAAAUGAAAAUAGUAUUUAUAAAAUACACAAAAUUAAAAGAUGAUCUAUAAUGAGCUAUAUACCUAUAUUAACAUUCCUUUGUGUGUGUGAGUGUCACAUGUGUAUUUAAAUGUGUAUGUGUGUGAAGUUUUUGUUUUUUUGUUAAUUUGUUGGCAUUUUUGUUGAGAACUGAGAAUUGUGAUUUUUACACGUUUUCAUGUUUUUUUUAUUGUAAUUCUUCCACAAAACCUUCUUCCUUGUUAAGAGGAAGGGUAAUUUAUUAUGUGAUGAAUUUGUUGUUGAAUUUUAAAUAUAUGAUAAGUUAUCAUGAUAUUGUAGAAAAUAUAACCAUA